UCUCGAGGCAUGCGGCCAGCAGAUGAACGCUUCUGCAGACACACAUCACGUCACUACGCACGCGAUCGAUGCUAUAUCUCGUUCUUCCUUGACGAUCACAGAACCAGCCGGUUGAUGCAGCAUCUUUGUCAGCCGUAGGAAAAGCCUCUGAAACCGCUGAUCGCUGCCUUCCCUCGGUCGCUUACCGUGCUCGCCUGCUUUUCGUCUCCUUGUGUUCUCAGCGGUACGACGUCGUGCGCGGCCCGACGUCGAUCGCCAAUGGCGUGCAAGGUGAAAGGGAUCUUCAAGGGCCUCAAGGCCUUCUCCUGGAUCUUUGCGGUGAAGGAGCACGAGAUGGAGAUCGGUUGUCCGACUGACGUGAAGCACGUCGCGCACAUCGGCUGGGACAGCGUGGCGGGCGGCGUGUCUCCGAGCUGGAUGAACGACAUCAUGGCGUCCUCAGACUUGUCGUCCCUGGGCAACUUCGCAGCGCUCACUGGUACCUCCUGGGUUUCUCAAGGAUGAUGAUGCCGAAGAUUGAUAAUCCGAAGCAGACUCCGAAGGGCCGCUGAUGCUGUUUUUUAGGCCUGCCUGCAUAGAUCUUUAGAGGCAUUUGUAUUAUCUCUGUUAAAGACAGUGUAAUCGAGAGUUGAACACUACUCUGUAUAUUUGUCCAUACCUUGUAAUAUAUUUUUACCUUUUCUUCCAUGUGUAAAUUGCUUUGCUGUGGACGAAACUUAUAUCUUUUGAGCGAAAGACAAAAAACACCUUCCCUUCUUUUCGU